AACUGAAGAACUCGCUUAUCAGGGAAACAAAAAGAAAAACUGAAGGACUCGUGUGCGGACGAAGAACGGCCACGGUGUUGCACAAAAGGAGAGACAACUCGGCAGGCAAGAUUUUCAUUCUAUUAACCCCGACGAUUCUCGACGUCCACAGCCAAGCAUCUGAUUUCUGGAGUGAAAUGGCGAGUUUGAGAAGAAGUCUGAUUAGCGUGCACGGAAUCCUCAAUUCCAACCGGAGCUUCGCCUCGGCCGCAUCGUCUCAGGCCCUUUUCGGGACUCAAUAUCGUUGGGUUCCUGGUUUUUCUCCGAUUGCCAACUAUAAUACUCAGUCGCUAGAUAUCGAUCUCUCCAACGAAGAGAGCAAGCGACGCUUAUUUAACAUGCUGUUAUAUAGGAGCAAACAACGAGGGUUUCUGGAGCUGGAUUUGGUUCUUGGGAAAUGGGUGGAGAAGAAUAUUCAUUCCAUGGAUGAGAACGGUAUUAAAGAUCUCGUUCGCGUCCUUGACCUGGAAAACCCGGAUCUGUGGAAGUGGCUUACAGGCCAGGAGCAACCCCCUGAAGCAGUGAAAAUAAAUCCGGUGUUUACUGCUGUGCGUGACAAGGUUAUGAACAACCUCAACAGCCAUGCUGCUCCAGAGACACGAGCAACACCUGGGCAACCAUGGGUAAGAGGGUGGGAUGAUAUCAAGAAAGGUUCAGGCGGCCCUAUAGCCGGGAACCAGUAGUACUUCUGCAAUUACCUCUGAUCUAGGUCUUGAAUGAUGUCUUUUACAGCAAAGUAAAGCAAUAAAAUGUGUCUGUAUUUUCCAUUUGUAUUCCCAUGCCUAGCCAUCUCUACAUAUUAAUGGCUGGCUGUAGUGAAUUAAACCAUUAUGGUCGCCUCUCCUCGCCUCUAGGCCCAUGUGCUGUAUCCAAAGUUGCUUAUUGUAAUGUUUUAUACUUUGGCCCGAAUAGCAAAUUCCAGUUUGGUAUC